CAGAUCGAGAAAAAUUAACAAUAAUUUACACGUGCGGUUCCUGCACGCCAUCUACCGUUUUGCAACAUGUUCAAAGAACUACGCUUCUUAACACGUAGGGCGUAGGGUCAGUUAGCUAGCAGAUGAGGCUCGGACUACCGUAAACUCGCACCACUCCAGGUUCUUCGGAUGCCAAACUAACCUCUCCGGAUAAGCGUUGUCACAACCUUCCUAACAACCAGCCAGAAGACCCGAGCGAAUGGCCUUCGCACCCGUGUUCUGUGCACUGUUUUCUCUGCAGCGAGCUGUCAGAUAUGCAUAUUCAUCUCGCUUGUCAUUAUGUUCGUCGUGACACAGCAUGCUACUCCAUGCUCCUGAUGCACUCCGAUACCAAGCCGGUAGGAAAUCGGGUGGCUAGCGGUCUUGGUCCGGCUUCUGCUAUCAAACUAGGCGCAGUUGACCGGGAUUCCUGCAGGUGCUGGUGGCAACUGCAGAGCAUACUACCCAGGAACAGACACGUCGCUGGCCUUGAUAUCCACUGCUCCAGAUCACACCAGUCAAUGACGACUCAUGCUGCACCAAGGUCAACAGAGCUGACAUUCACGCUGAGAAUGUCGGUGAAUCUAAUACCUGGGCUUGAGGAUGUUGGUAUCUGCGUGCACACCUUGACGGGAAGCCAAGCCGCUCUGUCGGCCGCCUUACAGCGAAGAGAUUACUUCGGCCCUCCGCGAUGGGUCAAGACCUCAUUUCAUGUUCAAUAAACCAAUCAAGUUCCCGGAAGACACCGAGAAACCAGCCUCAUCCUUAACCAUGCGUAUUAAUGUAUUGUCUCAGAGACACUGGCGCCUGUGGAGUAGUGGCAAAGGACAGAGCCUCAACCGGCGUACAUUGUGUUGAGGCUGGGGGCCAAGAAGAAUGGCAGUCAUCCCCCGUAGUGACGGCUCGAGAGAGCGGACGUCUUUCUUGUUCUUCCUAUUUCUACAUCAUUCUCUGCCCUCCAUCAAUCCAUUGCUUGUACGCCAAAACCACUUAUCAGCCCCGAUAUUUACGCCCUGAGAUUUGCGCCCAUCUACCACAGUUUUGACAUUAAGCCAGUCAUUCCCGCUCGAAUGUGUUUUUGGCUCUUCGGCGAUGCCAUCCUGGCCUAACAUGGUCUCACUACCAGUUGACCAGACACCUUCACAUCGAAGAUCACCAGAACCUUCUCAAAAUCCUACAAGCUGCCAUGACGCGCCUUCCAUUACUCAGAACUGCCGACAUUCAUGCCCCGAUACUAGCACGAACGAUAACAUCAAGCGGCUUGAUUUCUCAGUCGCUUUGGCCGGGGACUGGAAGGAUAGGAUUCCUCGUCGACUCCCAGAAACGCCAUCAUAUGCAAAGACCAAGAGUCACGAUUCAAAGCCCGUGGACGCCAAUCAAAACUUUCUGACAUGCCUGUCAUCGAAUAUUUCCGCGUUAACUCUCAACCCUGACUCUUCACACCCGCCAGGCCAUCGAUCCGAUGUUGAGCUCUCAAUUUCUUUGGCCGUUCAUGAGAAGGCAUGCUUCACGACAGAUCAGCUAGGCGACGCGGGUGGCACCGUAGACUCCUCACGUGCAGAACACGAUAAUCAGCCCUCGAACUCGAUGACCAAGUUGGCCAUCACAACACGAGCCACGAAGAGAAUGAAACGCAAGCGUAACUCUACAGCCGAUGAUGACCAAGAAGAGGACGAAGAAGGUGACGGCGACGAUCGGCGUUGCAGCGACGGGAAAGAAACGCCGUCAUCAAACCGUCCGAUGGCUUGUCCUUAUCGUAAAUGGGAUAAAAAGAAAUUCAACUACCACGAGUAUCCCAAAUGCACAAAGAGCUUCCGCGACCUCACCGAUGUCAAGCAACAUAUCAAGAAGGAGCACGUUCUAGCUCCAUCUGAACUACCAAGCCAUCGUCGCCAGGGUUUUGAGAACGGUAUCAAUCAGUAUGUGGUAGACCAACUCAGGGACAGAAAAGAUCGCACGAAGAUACACGAAUGGCCGAGGUUGUGGGUCUUUCUUUUCAACGACGAUACCAACAUUCCCAGUUCUGACUACGAACCUUGCCAGGUAUUCGAGUCAAACGAGGUGACGGAUAUGAUGAAUCAGCUUGCCGGCCACUUCGGACCCCCUAACGUAGGCACCGACACUGCCAUAAGAAACAUUCAGUCCGCAUACCUUACAAAUCGAAACACAGUAACCCAUGUGACUGGAGCUCCGAAACGAAAGAAGGACGGGAGACAAAAGGCCAGGCAUCUCAACACAGGCGCACAAGGGACUCAACAGGUCACCAGCCUCGCCAACGACAGGUAUCGGAAACUUGCACCCAGAGCCGCUGAUGACAACACUCCUGCGCGUUCCGAGGACUUCACAACGGCCUCCUCCAUCAUGAGCUCCCGUGCCAGCCCAGUUAGACGCUCAGCUCGACUUACUUCCCAGCCGGCUCACAGUGUCUAUCCCCCCGUUCCUGAACCGUGGGAUAGUCUGCAACACUUCCCCGAAUAUGGCGCCGACUCUGGCUGGACAUCCAACGCUCGUGGCAUUGACCAAGACAUGACCGAAAAUGGUAACCAGGUCUAGAUGUGUCCAUUUGUGCUGGCAUUG